CCCCAGUGCGCUGUGGGAUAGUGGCACUAUAAAGUAUAUCCUCUCUCGGAGAAAGAUAAGAAGCCCGAGACAGGAGGGGGAUGAAGAUGGCGGACGCCAAGCAGAAGAGGAAUGAGCAGUUAAAGCGAUGGCUGGGCUCGGAAACGGACCAGGAGCCUCCUGUUCUGAAAAAGAAGAAGACGAAGGUGAAGUUCGAUGAUGGCGCCGUGUUUCUGGCCGCCUGCUCGAGCGGCGAUACCGAGGAGGUGCUCCGAAUGCUUGACCGGGGCGCAGACAUCAACUACGCCAAUGUAGACGGUCUCACCGCCCUCCACCAGGCAUGCAUAGACGACAAUGUUGACAUGGUGACUUUCCUGGUGGAGCAUGGAGCCAGCAUCAACCAGCCCGACAACGAGGGCUGGAUCCCCCUCCACGCUGCAGCCUCCUGCGGAUACCUAGACAUAGCAGAGUAUCUCAUCAGCCAGGGUGCCAGUGUAGGAGUUGUGAACAGCGAGGGUGAGACACCGCUGGACAUCGCCGAAGAGGAGGCGAUGGAAGAGCUGCUGCAGAAUGAGAUCAACAGACAAGGGGUGGACAUCGAGGCAGCCCGGAAAGAGGAGGAGCGGAUCAUGCUAAGGGACGCCCGGCAGUGGCUCAACAGCGGCCAGAUCCAAGACACACGGCACACCAAGUCUGGAGGGACGGCGCUCCACGUAGCUGCUGCGAAAGGAUACGCCGAGGUUUUAAAGCUUUUAAUCCAAGCAGGGUAUGAUGUAAAUAUUAAGGACUAUGAUGGCUGGACUCCGUUACAUGCAGCAGCACACUGGGGCAAAGAGGAAGCAUGUAGGAUACUGGUGGAGAAUCUAUGUGACAUGGACCUCAUUAAUAAAAUGGGCCAGACAGCUUUUGAUGUAGCAGAUGAAGAUGUUCUGGGAUAUUUAGAAGAACUACAAAAGAAGCAAAAUCUGCUGAUAGGUGACAAGAAAGACGUUAAGAAAUCUCCUUUGAUUGAAACGACAACCACUGGGGAUAACAACCAAUCACUGAAACCACUCAAGAGCAAAGAAACGCUGCUUCUGGAGCCUGAGAAGAGCGCCCCACGCAUCGAGACCUUAGAACCGGAGAAGGUGGAUGAAGGAGAGGAGGGGAAGAAGGACGAAUCAAGCUGCUCCAGUGAGGAAGAGGAUGAUGAAGACUCAGAGUCAGAGACUGAAGCAGAUAAGACCAAGCCUUCUGCAUCGGUGAGCAACAGCACGACGCCCGCCCCGACCAGCAUCACCGUGUCACCUCCGACUAGCCCAACCAACCAGGUGACAACCCCCACUUCACCGGUAAAGAAGGCCCCUCAGCCUGCUGGAAAGGUCUCCACCAAAGUGGAGGAGGAGAGGAAGGACGAGUCUCCGGCGUCAUGGCGGCUGGGUUUGAGGAAGACGGGCAGCUACGGGGCGCUAGCCGAGAUCACCGCCACCAAGGAGGCUCAGAGGGAGAAGGACACGACCGGAGUGAUGCGCUCGGCCUCGAGCCCUCGCCUCUCCUCCUCUCUGGACAACAAAGACAAAGAGAAGGAAAAGGAUAAAGGAACUCGGCUGGCCUACGUGGCCCCCACCAUCCCCAGGAGACUGGCCAGUACUUCAGACAUUGACGAGAAGGAAAACAGGGACUCUACCGCUCUGAUUCGUAGCGGCUCGUACACCCGGCGACGCUGGGACGACGACCUGAAGAACAGUGAAGGAAGCGCCUCCACCAACCGAACCCCCAGCUACCAGCGCAGCACGUCCCACACGCUAGCACUAGGGCGGAGCGGCAGCACGCGGGACGUGCCAGCCAAGUCUUCGUCCACCUCCAGCUUGGACCCUAACACCUGUAAUACUAAACCCUGGCAACCACCCACCUCCCACUACCCGUCUUACAGCAUUUACCGCAGCGGCUCUUUUGGCAGAAGACACGAGGACUUGGGUUCCUCGACCACCUCCUCCUCCUCCUCCUCCUCCUCCACGACCACCACCACCUCCUCAUCUGUUACCUCGCCCACAGGCCAUCGCGGCCUGCUCUCCAGCCUGGGCUCCUCCUCCACCCGCACUGGCUCCACCAGUCUCACCAGCAGGUACUGGUCAGAGGAGAGAGGGGAGGAGAGGGAAAAGGAGAAGGAGAAGGAGUCCGCCGCGGUCAUUCCCACUAUAAACACUGGCUCUACUACGACCACCACAUCUACCACUAUCACCACCCCCGCCAUAUCUACCACUACCACCACCGGCACCGUCACUGGCGAAAGACGCAGGUCCUACCUGACGCCAGUGCGAGACGAGGAGUCAGAGUCCCAGAGGAAAGCUCGCUCCAGACAGGCCCGACAGUCGAGGAGGUCCACCCAGGGUGUGACUCUGACCGACCUGCAAGAGGCUGAGAAAAUCAGCAGGAAUCGUACCCCAAAGACCCGGGAGGAGGAGAAGGAGGAGAAGGAGAAGCAGGACAAGGAGAAGCAGGAGGAGAAGAAGGAGACGGAGACCAAGGAAGACGAUUACCGGUCGAGGUACCGCAGCUAUGAAGAGCGCUACCGGCCUUCGUCCUCCUCCUCUACCUCCUCCAUUUCCACACUCAGCACUGCCUCCACCCCGUCCUACACUAGCACCACAUUGUCCUCCAGUUCCAGCUCCCUCAACAGGCCCAACAGUCUGACAGGGAUCACCUCCUCCUAUAGCCGUUCCUCCAGAGACACGGAAAAAGAAAUGGACAAAAAGGAGGAGGAGAAGGAGGGAGAGGACAAGCCCCGCUCCAUACGGGAUCGCAGGCGGCCCCGCGAGAAGAGACGCUCCACCGGCGUCUCCUUCUGGACCCAGGAUGGUGAUGAAAAUGACCCCGACCAGCAGUCCGACUCAGAGGAAGGCAGCACCAAGGGAGAGCCACAGAGUGACAGGUUGUCCAGGAAUGAGAGCACUUCAUCUAUAGAUCGCAAUGACACUCUUAGCCGUGGCUAUGGUGAGAGUCGGAGGACAUACUCAAGCCGACUGGACAGAGACGACACCACUGAUUAUAAGAAGCUCUACGAGCAGAUCUUAGCUGAGAACGAGAAGUUGAAGGCCCAGUUACGUGACACAGACCUGGAGCUGGCAGACUUGAAGCUACAACUAGAGAAGGCCACACAGAGGCAGGAACGCUAUGCUGACCGAUCACAGCUUGAGAUGGAGAAAAGGGAAAGAAGAGCUCUAGAAAGGAAGAUUUCUGAGAUGGAGGAGGAACUUAAGAACCUCCCCCAGAUGCUCCCAGACUUGAAAGCAGACAACCAGAGACUAAAGGACGAGAACGGAGCGCUCAUUCGAGUCAUUAGCAAGCUUUCCAAGUAGAACAGACCCCCUCUGCCCCGCCCCAUCUUCUGCACCCCCUCUAGUCCCCCAUGGCAGUGACUAAUGGAAUUGCACAUUUAGAUAUUAAUUGCAACAGACAUCAGAGACAAGACUCCGUUUUUUUUUCUUUCUUUUCCUCCUCCCAGCUCUUUAUCUCCCCCUUUUUUUGCUCCACCACCACCACUGCGGCAUCCAUCCAUCCAUCCACCUCCUCCUCCUCGACUAUUACCCACUCGAUCGUGUGGCUGCUGUCCUGAUAGAACCACUGAGUUUACAAACAGGAGACGUGUGAUCAGCAUGUAACCGGGCGGGGAAGCCUGAAAACUAUUUAACCAAUAAGCCUUAGUUGUACAUAAAAGAGGAAAAAAAGAAAAAACACUCGCAGCGAUCUCUUCUCUCUCUUCUCUCUCGGCUAUCACUGAAGAACAGAUAUUAUCCGACACCUGAUUUUAUUUGUGCCACAAUCUUUUCCUCUCCUUGUGUUCGUGUUGUGUGCUGUGCAGUUUCCCCUUUUUAAAAACCCCUUAAAGUGCCACUUCUGCCCCGUAUCGCUCCUUAUCUCCUCCCUCACACACACACAGUCACUGACGCACACACACUCGCGCCCCCUCAUUUUUUUGUUACCUCUGUGUGUCUUCCUCCAAGAGGGAUUUUUUUUUUUUUUUUUUAAAUUCUCGCUUUAGCGGAAAAAAGAGGCGGACCUGGUGGAAUUUAAGCUUUCACUGUAUGUGCAAUAUGCAUUUCUUUUUUUUUUUUAUUGU